AUGCCAGCUCAACUUCCGAUUGAUGCGUUCCCCGCGUGGGCACACGUCAACAAUGUGUGCUUUCAAAACGUGAUACUUAAAGAGGUUGGGGAUGAAAAGGGUGUCGGAUUGCUGGCUGAGUCCCAAUUCAAAAGCGUCAGCAAGCAAAGCUCCAGUGAGAAGACGAGUGUGUUGCUUCAAGUUCCUCACGACUUGGUUCUAUCCGCGGAAGCCGUUGACGGGUAUGCCAAGGUUGAUGGGAAUUUCAAACAGUUGCUGGAAGUAGCUGGAGGGUUGUCAACAAGACAUGACAUGAUGCUUUACCUCAUAUCGCAUCUGACUCAAACUCGACGCCCCGGGGGCCUAACGCCAACUCCUUGGACAAAAUAUAUUCGCUUCCUACCCCGUCCCGUACCUGUUCCAACAAUGUGGACCGAACCAGAACGUAUUCUCCUGCACGGCACAUCCCUAGAGACUGCCUUGAAAGCAAAGUUCAUCAGGCUGGCCGACGAAUUCGGCCAGCUGCGUGAGAAGUCCAUGGGCCUUGCAUUCUGGAAUGCCCUAUUCUGGAAAGAUGAAACGGUCUCAUUGGAGGACUGGAUUUUGGCAGACGCUUGGUAUCGGUCGAGAUGUUUGGAGCUUCCUAGGUCUGGAACCAGCAUGGUCCCUGGGCUUGACAUGGUCAAUCAUUCAGGGUUACCAGCCGCGUAUUAUGAUGAAAACACAAAAGACGAGGUUUUACUUGCCGUUCGUCCGGGGACGAGUCUCGCAGCUGGUGAAGAGGUGACGAUUUCAUAUGGAGAUGCCAAGCCCGCAUCCGAGAUGCUCUUCAGCUACGGCUUCAUCGACUCAGCCAACGCCGUUUACAAACUGAGCUUGCCUCUAGAUCCACUUCCCGAUGACCCUCUCGCCAAAGCCAAGUUGCAUGUUUUUGGCGAAUCACCGCUUGUUACAUUAUCUCUAGCGACAGAGGAAGGAAAGGGAGGAGAACCGGGACUUGCCACGUGGUAUUCGCCAUUUGUGUACUUGAUGUGCCUCAACGAGGAAGAUGGCCUAUCGUUCCAGCUUCUCCAGGAUGUCUCGGGAGGCCGGGAGCUGCGUUUGCUGUGGCAAGAUGCCGACGUGACAGACCGCGUGCACGACUUCGAAAACCUCAUCCGUGGUCAUCCAUUAUGCAAAGUUUUCGAGCUGCGCGCCGUUUCGGCACUCCACCAAACGGUAGAGGAACAACUGGUCCGAGCCGAUAGGGGUCCAUCAGACGCUGAACUCGAAGCCUUGCAGCAAGCAGGCGUAUUGAGGUCGGAGCGUGUUGCGGCGGCACAGACAUUGAAAGAGGUGGAGAGAAAGGUAAUGGCUAGCGCCGUCAGGACUCUGGAACGUGAGCGAGACUUCCUUCUGGCUAACCACGACGUGAUUGCAUAUCUUGGGUCGGUUGAGAACCCCCCAGUCGGGCAAGCACCGCAAGGCACGAUACUCAGCGAGCAUGAAGACGACUUCAGCUGA